GAACACGUUGUUGGAAACAUCUCGAAUGAAUAACAGUUGAACUGAAAGGAACACAAACAGUAUAAAAUAAUAGCAUUUCUAUUGAUAUGAUAUCCUAAAACAAUUAGAGCUCUGUGUCAGCGUAACGUGACGGGAUAAACUGUCCCAAACCUAAACGGACCAUGAACUAACGGUGUUAACGAGGAUCCUCGAAUGCAACACAGCGCUCCACAGAUGGAGGCUGGGCUAGCGGCUGCUCAGCGACCAGCUGCUUGGUGUCAGCAGAAGCAGCCUCCGAGUAGGGACCAGGGAGUGUGGAGUAUGGCGUCGCCGGUGACUGCUUGUAUGUAACCUGGGAGCCGCCUGUACUUGGGAGGUUAACAUCACAGAAUCGUCGCAUCAGCUAGCAUGCCGGCUAGCAUCAGGUUAGGCUAACAUCAGGUGGCUAGCUCAGCUGUUGACAAGUGUCACUGUUUUUUUAUGCUAGCUAGCUUUGUUAUGUAGCCUCACUUUUCCUUUCCAAUAGCACGACGUUGUUGGAAUAGUGGUAACCAGCUCGCAAGCAGUUUCCAACAGCAAUGCAGGUAGCGAGAGCGGACUGUUUGCUACAUCUCCACCCAGCCUAGCAGCGCCGGUCUGAGCACUGCGCAUAAUGACUGAUUAUUAUGGCAAGGCUCAGCCUGAUCUGCAGAUGCAAGCUUGUGUCGAGGGUGUGCAGAAGAAGCAGGGCGUGGAAGCCGAGGAGCAGGUGCCUCCUUGUUUGCUUCCAUCCCCGGUGUUGCUGGAUGAGGAUGCUUCCGGCAUCCCACCCCGAGCAUCCGCCCUCGCUUGUAAACACACCACAGAAUGCCGCAGUACAACUGGGAAGGACUGUGCUCAAGUUGGAAAACAUCUCAGCAAAGUUGAGAAGCAGCUCCUCGUAAAAGGAGCCGCGAAGGUGCUGCACGGCAAGUGGGAGACUAAUGGCAACUAUGCGACUAUCCAUCAUCCUUCCAGUAAUAUCCACAGCGAGGAGGGAGGCAAACUUGCAAAGAAGAGAAGACCGGUCAGUGUGGACACAUCCAAAGCCAAAACCUCUCUGGAGGCAGUGAAGAUGAGCAUCAAACAGUUGAAGUGGAAAGAGUUUCCGUCGGGACGACGAGCGCCGUGCGACAUCUACUGGCACGGCGUCUCCUUCCACGACAAUGACAACAUCGUGUCGGGCCAGGUGAACAAGUUCCCAGGAAUGGUGGAAAUGUCGCGCAAGAUCAACCUGAGCCGAUCGGUGCGGACUAUGCAAGAGCUGUUCCCAGAAGAGUACGACUUCUACCCGCAGUCCUGGAUCCUGCCCGAGGAGUACCAGCAGUUCUCCACACAGAUCCGCAUGGUGAAGGAGAAUGACGCCACGCUCAACCCCACCUUCAUCGUCAAGCCCGACAGCGGCUCUCAGGGCGACGGCAUCUACCUCAUCCGUGACCCCGCUGAGCUGCGGCUGUCGGAGGGCGCCCAGGCCAAGCAGGCGGUGGUGCAGGAGUACAUCCAGAAGCCGCUGCUCGUCGACAAGCUCAAGUUCGACAUCCGUCUCUACGUGCUGCUCAAGUCGCUGGAGCCGCUGGAGAUCUACAUCGCCAAGGAGGGCCUCACACGCUUUUGCACCGAGCCCUACCAGGAGCCGAGCCAGAAGAACCUGGGCCAGGUCUUCAUGCACCUGACCAACUACUCCCUCAACGUCCACAGCGGCAACUUUGUCCACUCGGACAGUCAGAGCACAGGCAGCAAGCGCACGCUCUCCAGCGUGCUUCACCGGCUGGCUGCCAAGGGCGUGGACAUCAAGCGUGUGUGGUCGGACAUCAUCGCUCUGGUCAUCAAGACCAUCAUCGCCGUGGUGCCUGAACUGAAAGUUUACUAUCAGGCUGACAUCCCGCCUGGGAAGCCUGGACCCACAUGCUUCCAGAUCUUGGGUUUUGACAUCCUCCUGAUGAAGAACCUGAAACCUGUUCUGCUGGAAGUCAACUCCAACCCCAGCAUGAGAAUAGAGCACGAGCAGGAGGUGGCGCCAGGAGUCUUUGAAUGCGUCAACAGUCCAGUCGAUGAGGAGGUCAAAGUGGGCGUGAUCAGGGACACUCUGCGCCUGGUGGACCCCGGCCUCAAGAAAACCUCCACUUCCCAAGUGAAGGCCGGUGGGGAGGAGGCGCCCGUUGAGGCCCGGGACAGGAAUCAGCAGGAAGGUGGCACCAUGCCCUCGCCGUGUCUCAAGCAGGUCUAUCCAAAGUACAACCGGCAGUUCAACUACCUGCGACUGGUGGAGCGGAUCGCCGCCCUCUUCAUCCGCUUCCUGGGCGUCAAGGGCAACAUGCGCCUGGGCCCCACAGCGUUCCGAACGUUCAUCAGGAACUGUAAGCUCAGCAGCAGCAACUUCACCAUGGCCUCCGUGGACAUCCUGUACAUCGACAUCGCACGCCGCUGGUCCGGAGCUUUGCCGGACUCUCGAGAGGCAGGUAUGGGACUGCAGGCCUUCGUGGAGGCCUUCCUCAACCUGGCGGCGCGCAGGUUCAAAUCCCAGUCGUCGCGGGAGCAGGCGCUGUCGCUGCUAGAGCUCUGCGAGGCUCAGCUGGAGUCCCAGCCGGGUGCGGAGGAGCGUCGCUCGGUCAGCUGCGGCAGGUCGGCCUCGCGGGGCGUCAAGAACCCGAGCCCCGCCAACCCCAGGCUGGUCUCGCCGACCCCCCUGCGUAGGGCAUCCAGCCAGGACUACCGGCUGAAUGCAAGACUCAAGCCUCGCACGCUCAGGGCCAACGUGGAGAACUGAGGCAGCAAGCCAUGACGCUGGCAAGCGUUUAUGUGUGAGUCGAGGCGCGAGGGAGGGGGAGAAUGGACACUAAAGGUUUGUCAGCAGUGAUGGAGUGAGGAGGCGCGAGGAGGUUGGUGCUCUUCUGUCGCCGUUUUCAGCAAAUAUGUGCUAUGGACUUUUUAAUUUAUUUGCAGAUCCUACGUGGCAGCUCUUUGCUUGCCUUCACCUUUGCCUGGCAACUCAUAUUGUGGCUGCAUUCAACUCCUGCUGACACGAGGACACACGGUACAUUGUUGUUCUUAUUAUUACUGACCUCUUGAUUGAUUUUGCACUAAGAGACAUUUUGCACAGAAAUGCAUGCGAGCCAGCGUGUGUUUCAAUGAACAUUUCUUUUUGAAGCCCAUCACUGGCGAGCUACACGAACUCGCAUUCAACACUACGAGCAUGUUGCAGGUAGAACACACACAUGCACAACUAACGAGGGGACACUUGACUUCGCCAUUUUACAAAGCUAUUGUAUGUCCAUGAAAACCUGCUGAUGUAUGGUAAAAAGUUCUACAGUGGAACCUUGGUUAGCGUCAUGAAUUCGUUCCAGAAGGUCCGAGUCAAACAAAGAAAUGCUAACUGAAUUCAUUUUUUACCUCAUAAAAAAUCAUGUAACUCCAA